UUUUUAGGUAUGAUUAUCAAAUUAAUGAAUGUCGUUCAGAUGAAAAUAAAUUAGAUGAAAAAUUGUUACAAAAAAUGAAAAAACAGGCUGAAAUUUUAUUGGAGCAUGAUACUAAUCUUUUUGAACAAUGGUACAAAUCAAAAAAUCGUGGGGAUGCCGAAUGGAUUGAUACAGUUUCUCAAAAAGGAGCAUUUUCUGACAAAAUUUCUUCUAUUCAAUUAAGAAUUCAGCGUUCCCCAGUUCAUGCUCUUUCACAUUUAAUUAAAUUUGUCGAACUUAUUGGAAAGAAAGGAGCAGUCAUUAGACAAGCAUAUACAAUUACAAAGACCUUUGGAAGAAUUAGAGGACAAAAAUGGUAUUGA